GAGAGAGAGAGAGAGAGAGAGAUGAGAGGAAGGAGAAUUUUUUACCGGGAAGUGCUACUGUUCUUGGCUAUGGUGGGUGUGGAGAGCUUAAACGUCGGCCAAAACACGAUUUACAAAGCCGCCGUCACAAAGGGCCUCAACUACCACGUUUUUAUGGUGUACUCUUAUGCCAUUUCUGCCCUCGUCCUACUCCCUCUCGCCUGCCUUUUCCACAGGGAAACAAGGCUCCCUCCACUUUCUAUUGUCAUGCUUGGCAAAUUUUGCAUCCUUGGGUUUCUUGGAUUUGCAGGGCAAUACUUGGGAUAUUUAGGCAUUGCAUACAGUAGUCCAACUUUAGGUUCAGCCAUGAGCAAUCUCUCUGCUCCUUGCACCUUUUUGCUCGCGGUUCUUUUCAGGCUUGAAAAGCUUAAACUGGGAAGUUUAAGUAGCCAGGCGAAAAUCGUGGGGACCCUAGUGUCGAUAUUGGGUGCUUUAGUAGUUGUACUCUAUAACGGCCCAUUGCUUAUAACUGGCAAUCACGACAAAUUAACACUGUCUAAUGCCUCCAUUCUUUCGGAUGCUAUAUCUGAUGCUCGGUCCAAUUGGAUAGUGGGUGGUGGCUUACUCGCGUGCUGUUAUGUUACAUCCUCUAUUUGGUACAUUUACCAGAGUAAAGUUGUUAUAGAGUAUCCAGCAGAGUUUAUAUUGGUUUUUUUCUACAGUCUUUUUGCUUUCUUCAUUUCCUUGGCCGUAGGUAUUGCCUCCGAGCCAAAUUUGAGUCCGUGGGUAAUACAUGCUGAUGUUCGGUUGUGGUCGAUUUUUAUAAUGGUCCACACUUGGGGCCUGCACGUGAAAGGGCCCGUUUACGUAGCCUUGUUCAGGCCUUUAUCGAUAGCCAUUGCAGCCAUUUUGGGUGUCAUAUUCCUCGGUGACGAUCUCUACUUGGGAAGCGUGAUUGGAUCCAUAGUUAUUACGGCGGGGUUCUAUACGGUUCUGUGGGGGAAAGCGAAAGACGGAAAUCUUGUGGAAACGUCGUCAAAAGACACAAUUGCCCCUCUUCUAAAAAAAUAAUAAAAAAAAAAAAAUCAGCCAUGGCUAUAACAAGAGGAAACUAUAUUCGCCAGGAAAUUAUUCCGUUUGUGGCGAUGGUGGUGGCAAGCUGCACGACGGUGGCAAGCAGCACGAUUUUCAAGGCGGCGGUUUCGAAGGGUUUAAGCUAUCACAUCUUCAUGCUCUAUACAUAUGCUAUUUCUGCUAUUGUGGUUGCUCCUCUUUCCUACAUUUUCCAUAGAAAGUCAAAACUUCCUCCAUUUACAACGGGGAUCAUGCUGAAAUUUUGCUCGCUCGGGGUUUUAGGGUUUGUAACACAAUAUCUUGGGAAUUUUGGCAUUGCUUUGAGCAAUCCAACUUUGGGUUCAGCCAUGAGCAAUCUCACCCCUGCCACUACUUUCAUUCUCGCAAUUCUCUUCAGGAUGGAAAAGAUAGAUUUAAGAAGUUCAAGCAGCCUGGCUAAGAUCAUGGGCACGAUCUUAUCCAUGGUAGGCGCCUUUGUAGCCGUUCUGUAUGAAGGCCCACCAAUCAUAGGCCACACGGCCCAUAACUCAAUGGGCCUACCAUUACUAUCUUUAUCGGUCCAGUCGAACUGGAUCGCGGGCGGCCUUGCUCUGGCAGCUGAGUACAUCCUCGUCUCCAUAUGGUACACCUAUCAGGCCAAAGUUAUCAAGAAAUACCCAGCAGAAUUUGUGUUGGUCUUUUUCUACAAUGUGACUUGUUGUGCCAUGUCACUUGUUGAUUGUCUAUUUAGGGAGCAAAAUUUUGAUGCAUGGAAAGUGAAGCCCGAUGUGCGCCUGAUUUCCAUAUUAUAUGCGGGAACACUAGGAACUGGACUCACUAUUCUCAUACACUCUUGGGGAUUACACGUUAAGGGCCCCGUCUAUGUUGCACUAUUUUUGCCUAUGUCUAUUGCAAUUGCAGCUAUCAUGGGACUAAUUCUACUUGGUGAUACACUUCACCUUGGCUGUAUAUUGGGAUCCAUAAUUAUAUCUGCGGGUUUUUACACUGUGAUUUGGGGGAAGGCGAAAGAAGAAAAUGGAGAUAAUAAACAUGAAAGUUCUGAAGAUUUGGAGUCAUCGCCAUAUGCAAGCUCAUCUGCACCACUUUUGGAAUAAUGGACAUUAAUUAUAAUUAUGAUUGUGGUAAUUCUGUUGUUAAGUAGAUUAUGAUACUAGUAAAUAUUUAUACUUUUAAAUUGAAAUGUUAUACUUUAAAAAAACAAUAUAAGCUAAAGUAUGACAUUUCAUAACAUGGGUAUGUAUUUUUUCGUAAAAAAAAAAUAUAACGGAUCGACUUUGACUAACAAUUAGGUUACCUCAUUUAUAAUUUUAAUGAAUACUAUGAGUCUUUGAUGAAGGAUGUGUAAUUGAUUUGUAAAUUGUAAUUAACAUUUUAAUUUCUUGUUCCCUGUUUAAUAAUUU